AUGGACGCCGCAACUACUGACGCUUACCCCAACCACCAGCGCGAAAGGUCCCGCUCGCCGCGCCGCCGAUCGCGUAGCCCGCGCCGCAGCCGACGCUCCUACUCCCCGCGCAGUCGCUCGCGCAGCCGUGACGACUAUCGCCGCAGCGAUCGCCGCUCGCGCUCGCCUAUGACUGGUGCUGCCUCUGCAGCUGGUGGAUAUUCAGGUUCAUACGCUGCUUCGCGUGGUGCGCCGCCGGUUCGCAGCGCUGAGGAAAAGGCAGUAGCAAAGGAACAGAUGAUGGCAUCUCUGCGCGAGUCUUCCCAACAGGACCGUCGUGUCUACGUCGGCAACCUGUCGUACGAUGUCAAGUGGCAUCACCUCAAGGACUUCAUGAGACAGGCCGGAGAGGUCCUGUUCGCCGAUGUGCUUUUACUUCCCAAUGGAAUGUCGAAGGGAUGCGGGAUUGUGGAAUACGCCACCAGGGAGCAGGCCCAGCAGGCUGUUCAGACCCUUUCGAACCAGAACCUUAUGGGCCGUCUCGUCUACGUGCGCGAGGACCGUGAGGCUGAGCCCCGGUUCACCGCACCUCCUUCGAUCGGUCGUGGAGGCUACGGAGCCAUGGGCGGAGGCCGCGGCGGCUUUGAUGCCUACGGAGGCGGUGCCGGCGCCGGCGCCGGCGGCGGUGGUGGAGGCUAUGGAGGCGGUGGACGCCAGCUCUACGUCUCCAACCUCCCGUACAACGUUGGCUGGCAGGAUCUCAAGGACCUGUUCCGCCAGGCUGCUCACGCAGGUUCCGUUCUCCGCGCCGACGUCCAUCAGACCCCCGACGGCCGCAUGAAGGGAUCCGGCAUUGUCGUUUUCGAGACGCCCGACGAUGCGCGCACCGCCAUCCAGCAAUUCAACGGAUACGAUUGGCAAGGUCGCAUUCUGGAGGUGAAGGAGGACCGUUUCGCUGGUCCGCCCGGCUACGGUCGUGGUGGUUUUGGUGGCGGAUUUGGCGGCCGCGGCGGUUUCGGUCGUGGCGGAUUUGGCGCCAGGGGUGGUUUCGGCUAUGGCGGCCGCGGCGGAUUCGGUGGCGGUGCUCCCUACGGUGGCGGCAUGGGUGCCGGUGCCGGUGCUGGUGCUGGUGCUGCUGGCGGCGAAUUCCCUCAGGCCAUUCCCGCUGGCCCUCCCAACCCGUUCACUGAUUACGCCACCUCGGGUGGUGAGCGCAGCAACGUCAUCUACGUCCGCAACCUGCCCUGGUCGACUAGCAACGAGGACCUUGUGGAACUCUUCACCACCAUCGGAAAGGUCGAGCGUGCGGAGAUCCAGUACGAGCCGAACGGCCGUUCCCGUGGCACCGGCGUGGUUGAGUUCGACACCGCUGAGAACGCUGAGACUGCUAUCUCCAAGUUCACCGGUUACCAGUACGGUGGUCGUCCUCUUGGCCUUUCUUUCGUCAAGUACACCAACCUACAGGGCCCCACGGACGCCAUGGAGACCGAGGUGACCCAGGGCCUCACUCAGGACCAGAUCAUGUGA